AUUCUACCAUAUAUCUAAUGUUUGUCUGUUAUUGCCGUUGCCGUAAUUUCACGAUUGAUGCAAGCUUCUUAUUUCUCAUAUGAACCGUAAAACAAUGAAAGAAAUGUUGGGUAACUGCAGUGUAUGUAGUGAAGACAAAGCAUUUGACGACAAUCCUUUAGUCUACUGUGAUGGUCGAAACUGUAAUGUUGCUGUGCAUAAAGCUUGCUAUGGAAUUAGAGUAGUACCAAAAGGUUCCUGGUACUGCAAUAAGUGUGUAGCUCUUAAAAGAAAUCCAAAUGCUAAAGUAAUAUGUGAAUUAUGUCCAUCUAAAGAUGGUGCUCUUAAACCAACGGAAAAUGGAAAUUGGGCCCAUGUUGUAUGUGCUUUGUUCAUACCAGAAGUGACUUUUGUAGAUGUUGAUAUUAUGGAACCAAUUAAGUUAAAUGAAAUACCAACUGAUAGGUUUAAAAAAGUUUGUUAUAUUUGUGAAGAAAAGAACAGAGAACCUAAGGUUUCGAUUUAUGGUGCUUGCAUGACUUGCAAAAAAAGUGGUUGUAAAUUAGGAUUCCAUGUAACUUGUGCCCAGAAUGUUGGAUUACUAUGUGAAGAAGCUGGAAAUCAUGGACGCAACGUACAGUACGUUGGGUACUGUAAACAUCAUUAUUCAAAACUUAAAAAGAGUAGUAAUUUAAAAAUAAAACAUAUUGCUCCAUAUCGUCCACAAAAUGCUUCUGAAAUAUCUCUAGAUGAGUUUACUCAAGGCACUAACAGUGAUGAUAUUCAAAUGAAAUCAAAAAGAAAGCCAACAUCAGUUAAUUCAUUUGAAGAAACUAAAGAUAAACCACAAAGUGUUCUUAAUAUAUCUCCUAAUCAUUCUCAAGCUAUAGCUCCUAAUCGUCAAAUUAAAGGUAAAAUGGAAAGUGUAUCAGUUGGAAGUAUUAAACAAUAUCCUACUGAUUUACCAUCCGAAAAAGAAAUAAAAUGUGAAAACAUUGAAAAUUCUAUUGAUAUUGGCUUAUCAAAUGACGGAUUAGAGUCUGAUGGAUUAAAAAUCAUGGAAGAACCAAAUUUAUCUUGUAUAGAUCCAAGUAUAUCCAGAAAUUCAAAUAUGCCUCCAGCUAAUAUGACAAAUACAUGGAUUAAGGAUCCAAAUAUGAUAAAUUUGUCUAACUCUUCUACUACUAAAACUAAAGAAGCAAAUGAUCAGAAAUAUUAUGAAUCCAGUAGUGAUGCUCCACAUAUGUUAGGAAAUGCUUUAAAUCCAAAUUCCAGUAUGGCUCAACAAAUGACUGACACAUUAAAUGAAGAAAUUAAAACUCAUAAUCAAUUCAAUGAAUGUAAUGGACCAACAAUUCGACAACCAUUAAUGGGCCCUCAAUUAUAUCGCCAUGUUCAAAAACCUUUGGAUACACCACAGUCUAAUUCUUCUGGUUCUGAAUGGUUAACUAAUGGACUUAUUAAUAGUUCUCAAAGUUUAGAAGAUCUACUUGAGCGCCAGUGGGAACAAGGUGGAUCAUUGUUAAUGGAACAAGCUCAACAUUUUGAUGUAGCAUCAUUACUGUCAUGUUUAUAUCAAUUAAAAAAUGAAAAUGUUGAUUUAGAAAAAGAACUAGCUACGUUUACUAGACGUAGAGAUCAUUUAUUGGCUGUUAAUGCUAGAUUAGCAAUACCUUUGGUUCCUCAAAACAGAGCAAAUGCAGUUGCUCCUGUCCCUCCUAUUAAUCAUACUUCAAAUCAUGUUGAUACAUCAGUGCAUCCUAGAUCUAACUAUUUGCCAUCCAUGGAUAAUCAAAUUUUGCAACAGCAACAUCGGUAUCAUCAAAAUUAUGUAGUGCCUCCUUCUAGGCAUCCACAACAACAUCAACGUUAUUCACCGAAUCCUACAGCUCAGUCACAAGUGAUUGUUAGAGGUGGUGUUGGGCAUGAACCUUGGCCACAACAUAACAGAAAUCAUAAUCAGACUUCAAAUCCUAUGUAUCAAACAAACAUGCAAGAAAUGAUUAAUGUACCAACAUCCAGACACCAAAUGGGUAUAGAUAAUCAACCUAAGCACAGCUGAGACCAUGAUAAAUGUCUAUGUACAGAGUGUAUAUCGACAAUGACCGAUUAUUUGUUAAAGUAUUUUCCUUAGUCUUAAGUUGGUUGUAUGUAAUUAAAGCCUACAACUCAACGAAUUGGACUAUCAUAUAGUAUGUGGUCAGUCGAUAAAUGUACAAAUAUAGUAUUUGGUUAAUCAGUGAAUUUACAAAUUAAGUAGUUAGUCUACCAUUAAUUUUACGUAUACUAAAAGUUUACAAGCAAUGAAAAAUUAUAAUGCCUAUUAAAUGUUACAUCAUUUAAAAAUUAUUAGUCCAAGUAAUAUCUGAAUUUUAAAAUAUAUUCUGUACAUUUAUUUUUUUCCACCAUAUUUUCAUGAGAUAGCUGGAAUUUUAACACAGUGUCUGUAGCACACAAUAAAGAUACUAACUACUGUUGCACAUAUUAGUCAUAUAUAACCUGAUAGACUGCAUUGACAAGUAAAACACAUACUAUAUGAUACCCAUAAAUUGUGUUCAUUGAUUAAAUAUUAAAAUAUAAUUUUAAUUACUUUUAAAUACAUUUAAAACUUUCAAGAUGAUUUCAUAGUAAAUUUACGUAAUUGUAAUGAUUUUUUUUAUUCAUAAAAUAUAAGUUUUA